CUUGGUCUCUUUCCUGAAACUUUGAACACAAAUUAUCCACCAGCCCUAACUUUACAGGCUUUCACACCUUGGGUGCAGACAUGAUCCGUUUCGACAGCAUCCCAUUCGAAAUCCAGCAGGCCCUGUGCACUCCAAUGCACCGGAUCCUGACGCCCACCCCACUACUCAAAGAUCCCUCAAAGAUCACCGGUUCGCUAUACUUGGGCUCUCUAACCGCCGUGUGCGAGAAAGACCUCCUUCGAGAGCACCACAUCACCCAUCUCGUUCAAGUUCUAGACGUACCCUGGCUCCCAGUCUCAGAGAAGGACGGUUUCAACUGCUAUCGCAUCGAUAUCCUAGACCAGGCUUCCUCAGACCUCAGGCCCCACCUCGAAGACGCGUGCAAUUAUAUUGACAAAGCCCUCCGGGGCGGGAAGAACGUUCUCGUUCAUUGUCAGCAGGGUAUAUCUCGGAGCGCGUCGAUUGUUAUUGCGUUUCUGAUUCGCAAUCGGGGAAUGUCAUAUGAAAGUGCUUAUUCGCUGGUGAGACAUGAGCGGCCGUGUAUCAAGCCAAAUCCGGGAUUCGUUCAGGCCCUGAAGGAAUGGGAAGGGCUUUGGCGUCGUCCUCCUCCUGGUCGACGAUUUACUUCAUGAUGACGGUUGGAGAGCGGCGGCAUUGACCGCACUAGGACUUGAUGUCAGUCCUUUCACCAAUGCUCGACACCUGGUGAAAGAUACUCAGGACCGUUGCCUAUACAAGAUGCAUUCGUAUGUAGCAUUACCAACUUUUCAGGUCUAUCUGAAAAUGGACACGCCAGGACGGCGCGCAUAGUUUCCCAAUCUCUUGUCUUAUGCAUUCUAGCACUGCAGA